AUGAUUUUUUGCUUCUCAGGGAUAAAAUGGAGAAGACAACAAGUUGUUGCUCGAGGGAUGCAUUUGUUACCAAAACCAAGAAGAUUUUCAUACAAAAUAAUUUUGGAAGAUAAGCAUCAUAAGGCACCAUGGAUAAUAGAAUAUUCUUUCACAAGUUUUUCAUUGUUUAUUAAGCAUCGUAUAGACAAACUGUGUCAUUAAUCUGUAAAUAUAUUUCAUUUUUUUAUACUUUUGUUAAAAGAUUUGUCAGGCCUAUAGAAACGAAGGAAAAAAAAAUCAAAAAAUAUAUUUUUAAAAUGCACAAGAUCUAGGGGC